AUGGCUGAGUUAGAUUCGAUAAGAGCGAUACUCUAUUCAAAAAAUAUUGAUUCAAGUCAAGUCAAGCCAUAUACUGGUCUUCAUAUCAAUGCAAGUGGUGAUUUGAUUUUAUCGACACCAUCACUCGAAUCCUAUCGAGUCAAUAACGAUCCACUUUAUCGAUACGAAGGAAGUAUGUCUGCUCGUCUUCCAAAAGAAGUUGAUAAUCGUAUUUUAUCUUAUGAUUCACUUGAAAAUCGUCGUUAUCAAUCGCUUAGAAUGAAACAGCCACUACCGCAUAAUGUAACACGUAUUUUACAAGAACGAUUCGGCUCUGUUGUUUCACCUCGUGCUGAUCCAUCAAAAACUGUUCGUAUUCAAACAGCUCCAGGAUAUCGAGUACUUGUAGAAAAAAUUCCCAAUCAAGAUCAAACAAUGGUUUCACAACGCUUCAAUAAAUUGAGUCCAUUCGUAACAGAACAUGGAAAUAAUCCCAAUGCUAAUCCUGUUCUUCGACAAUCUGUGGCUUAA